UUAACCUUGACUGCUAGUCAAGUGACGAUGGGAGAUGAUGAUUAGAAAUGUUGUUAUUUUUGUCAGCAAAACAUGGAGAAAAAAAGAGAGUCAAAGCCAUCAGGUGCACAAUUUUGAAAGAAGAGGUAAAAGAUAAAGGUAUAGUUGCAAAAAAAAAAAUAAAAACAAACUAACCCACACAUUAAACAUUAUAAUUGGGCCAGCCAGAAGCUUCUAAAUUAUUAUUAAAAAACUAACACUGAUACAUUAGGCUUUGUCAAUGCUGUCGUUGCAGCGCCUUAACAGGAAACGGGACCAGGAGCAAGACCAAGCACCACACCUCAAAUCAACUCGAUGUAACAAGAGCACUCUGCUGUUUCUGAAGCUGCUGAGAUGAAGUCAAAGACAAUGCUUCUGCUUGUCCUCCUGGUUCUGGUGCAGAGCCCUUCCCAGGGCCGUGUCGUCUCCAGAUGUGAGCUCAAAACAAUACUUGAGAAGUCUAUCGUGCUACCCGAAGGGCUUCAAAUGUUCAAAAAAAAUAUCCUGUCAGUCGUAUUGUGUGAAGUGGAGAGGGCGUCCCUGCUUAACACUAGCCUGGUCAGGACUGUCCCUACCAUGCCAGUAAUCACUCAACCAACAACCACCAUAAGACCCCCUGAACCACCAGCAACCAACAGUACAAGACCCUCUGAACCACCGACAACCACCACCAUAAGACCACCUGAACCACCAACAACCAACAGUACAACUCCCCCUGAACCACUGACAACCACUACCACAAGACCCCCUGAACCACCCACAACCACCACCAUAAGACCACCUGAACCGCCAACAACCAACAGUACAAGACCCCCUGAACCACCGACAACCAACAGUACAAGACCCCCUGAACCACCAACAACCAACAGUACAAGACCCCCUGAACCACCGACAACCAACAGUACAAGCCCCCCUGAACCACCAACAACCAACAGUAUAAGACCCCCUGAACCACCAACAACCAACAGUACAAUACCCCCUGAACCACCGACAACCACCACCAUAAGACCCCCUGAACCACCAACAACCAACAGUACAAGACCCUCUGAACCACCAACAACCAACAGUACAAGACCCCCUGAACCACCGACAACCACCACCAUAAGACCCCCUGAACCACCGACAACAACCACCAUAAGACCCCCUGAACCACCGACAACCAACAGUACAAGACCCACUGAACCACCAACAACCACCACCAUAAGACCCCCUGAACCACCAACAACCAACAGUACAAGACCCCCUGAACCACCGACAACCAACAGUACAAGACCCCCUGAACCACCAACAACCAACAGUACAAGCCCCCCUGAACCACCGACAACCACCACCAUAAGACCCCCUGAACCACCAACAACCAACAGUACAAGACCCCCUGAACCACCAACAACCAACAGUACAAGACCCCCUGAACCACCAACAACCAACAGUACAAGACCCCCUGAACCACCAACAACCAACAGUAUAAGACCCACUGAACCACCAACAACCAACAGUACAAUACCCCCUGAACCACCAACAACCACCACCAUAAGACCCACUGAACCACCAACAACCACCACCAUAAGACCCACAGAACCACCGACAACCACCACUGCAAGACCCACUGAACCACCGACAACCACCACUGCAAGACCCCCAGAACCACUUACAACCACCACCAUAAGACCCCCUGAACCACCAACAACCAACAGUACAAGACCCCCUGAACCACCAACAACCAACAAUACAAGACCCCCUGAACCACCGACAACCACCACCAUAAGACCACCUGAACCACCAACAACCAACAGUACAAGACCCCCUGAACCACCAACAACCACCACCAUAAGACCCCCUGAACCUCCAACAACCACCACGAUAAGACCACCUGAACCAUUGACAACCACCACUGCAAGAUCCACUGAACCACCGACAACCACCACUACAAGACCCACUGAACCACCGACAACCACCACUGCAAGACCCACUGAACCACCGACAACCACCACUGCAAGACCCACUGAACCACCGACAACCACCACUGCAAUACCCACUGAACCACCGACAACCACCACUGCAAGACCCACUGAACCACCGACAACCACCACUGCAAGACCCACUGAACCACCGACAACCACCACUGCAAGACCCACUGAACCACCGACAACCACCACUACAAGACCCACUGAACCACCAACAACCACCACCAUAAGACCCCCUGAACCACCAACAACCACCACCAUAAGACCACCUGAACCACCGACAACCACCACUGCAAGACCCACUGAACCACCGACAACCACCACUACAAGACCCACUGAACCACCGACAACCACCACUGCAAGACCCACUGAACCACCGACAACCACCACUGCAAGACCCACUGAGCCACCGACAACCACCAAUACAAGACCCACUGAACAACUGACAACUACCACUGCAAGACCCACUGAACCACUGACAACCACCACUGCAAGACCCACUGAGCCACUGACAACCACCACGGCAAGACCCACUGAGCCACUGACAACCACCACUGCACCACCAACAAUCAACACUCGAAGACCUGCAUCAAUAACCAUAAGGCCCUCUGAACUGGCAACCAAUGCUGCAAUACCCGCUGCAUCAAAAACCAUUCCAAUAGGAACUCCAGAACCGUCAACCAAAGUUACAAGACCCCCCGAAAAAACAACUACUCUCAUAAGACCCCCUGCCCUGUCAACCAUUUCGACAAGACUCCCUAAAACGACUACUACCGCUGGAUUCCCUGGAUUUGCACCCAAUCAGUUUCCCAACGCCAACCUGACCGACAUGUUACGGCAGAUGGAGCUGGCAGCGCUGGAGAAGCACGUGGAUGAAAUGUGGGGGAAUAAAAAAGGGACCCGUCAAAAGCGCCAGUCCAGAGACAGGAACCGGGACGAGAAGCCGUCUUAUUAUGGACUCUUCCAGCUGUCUGACUCCUUUUUCUGUGCCUCGAGUGAUUCUUCGCCAAACAACAUCUGCAUGACGCCGUGCAGUGCUUUCACGGAUAAUGACAUCAGAGAUGACGUUGAAUGCUUUGUGGCAACCCAGUACUGGAUGCAUAUUUUCAGGACAGCCAGCAGUGAGUGUUAUGAAGCCACCAACUUCCUAGAUGAAUGUUCCUAGCUGAGCUCACAUCCGGAAGGAUGACUCUUCAUUGCAAUUCAUGACUUCCUGUACUGUAUUUUCUUUCCUGACUCGUACAUUUUAUUUGUUCCUCUGCCUGCCAUGCAAUAAAAAUGCAGUCAUAAAUGCCUACUAGAAAAAAUCAAACCUCACAAAUCACUGGGUAAUAUUAUUACUGUCAUUAUAUGACAUGUAAGUGGAUGUGUGAUGAAUAAAGCGGCACAUUGUCGGCAGUCAUAUAUAUAUAUAAGACAGUAUUUACAUGACAGAAAAAAAUGAAUUUACA